GACGCCCUCGUCCACGCGGACGGCACGACGACGUUGUUCAUGCCCAGCGCCGCGGGCGCCGUCACGGGCAUCAAGGUGGUGACGCUGCCCGGCGCGGGGGGUCCGCCCGCGGGCUCCAUCAGCCUGUUCGACGCCGCCUCGGGCGACCUGCGCGGCGUUCUCAACGCCGAGGAGCUGACGGCCUUCCGCACGGCGCUGGCCAGCAUGCUGGUCUUCACGGAGCGCGAGCUCGAGCCGACCGACGCCGCGGGCCUGGUCAUGUUUGGCGCGGGCAAGCAGGCCGAGUGGCAUCUCCGCCUGGCGCUCCUGCUGGGCCCGCGCCGAGGGUCCAUCGCCACGGUGACGGUCGUCAACCGCAGCCCUGCCUCUCUGGCGGCGUUUGACGCCGCCGUGCUCGCCCCGCUCCGCCGCGAGUAUCCCGCCGUGCAGUUCCACGCCCUCGCCAGGGACGGCAACGACGCCUACGACGCCCAGCUGCAGACCGCCGUCGCCGACGCGGCCGCCAUCUUCUGCUGCACCCCGUCCACCAGCCCGCUGUUCCCGCACCGCUACCUCUCCGCCACCCGCACCAACCGCUACAUCAGCCUGAUCGGCUCCUACAAGCCGCACAUGCAGGAGGUCGACUCCCAGACCUGUCUGGCGGGGGAUCUGCUGGCCGUCGAUUCGCGAAGCGCCUGUCUGAAGGAGGCGGGCGAGCUCAUCCAAGCGGGCGUCUCGCCCGACGCCGUCACGGAGAUCGGCGAAGUCAUGGCCUCCCUUGCCCAGGACGAGGCGCUGCAGAACAUCCUCCGCCGGGGGUCUGUCGUCUUCAAAUGUGUCGGCUUGGGGAUCAUGGAUGUCGUUGCGGGGGACCAGCUCUUGCAGUUGGCGGAGCAGAAGAGCGUCGGCGUGGCAACGUCUUUCUAACGCAGGCUACUUCUCAAGGAUAGUAAAUAAUAUGCUCAAUAUAUCCUCUUUAUGCUACGA